CCCCUCCCUCCUCCUCCUCCUCCUCCUCCUCCUCCUCCUCCUCGCUACACCACCUCCAGCAGCCGGCACCUGAUGGGCCCCCCCGGCACGGCCGUGCUGCUGCUGCCCCCCCUCAUCCUGGCACUUGCAGGGGCCACCUGCAGCGCGUUCACAGUGGGGGCCUGGCCGCGGGUGGCCGUGGUUCCCUUUGGGGGCUCGGUGGCCAUCAACUGCAGCCGCAGCGCUUGCCCUGGGGGCAACGCCACGCUGCGGCUGGACACCCCCUUACCCGUGGCUCUGGGGGCCGGUGGGCGCCGGUGGCAAAGCUUCUGGCUCCUCAACGUGUCCCAGUGGAACCCCAGCAGUGCCACGUGCUACGGGCACUGUGGUGACACCCAAGUCAAUGCCAGCGCCGGGGUCCUUGUGUACCGGCUACCGGAGCGGGUGGUGCUGGAUCCGGUGCCAGCUUUGGCGGUGGGUGAGAGCAGGAACCUCACGUGCCAUGUGCUGGAGGUGGCUCCAGUGGGCAACUUGACAGUGACAUUGCGCCGAGGGGCUGAAACGCUGCAGACAGCGAGAUUUGGUGCUGUGAAUGGCAGCACCAGCGUGGCUGUCACCCACAUGCUAAGCGCCGGGCCCGGGGACCACGGGCAGGAUGUCACCUGCCAUGCUGAGCUGUCUCUGCGGCCACAUGGGCCCCUCUUCGCCCACGCCGCCACCCCCAUCAGGCUCUCGGUGUUCGCUCUCCCAGAGCCACCGCAGCUCCAGGCUCCAUCCCGCCUGGAGCUCGGCACCACCAGCACCGCCACCUGCCAGCUCACCGGCGCCUUCCCUGCUGGCGACGUCCGCUUCACCCUCACACUGGCUGGGCAGAGCCUGAACUUCACCACGAUGGUGGCCGGGGAUGUGCUGACCAGUGUCACCACGCUGUCACCCAGCACCGUGGGACCGCAGGAGCUGACCUGCACCGCCGCGGUGGCCACAGCUGCGCGUACUGCACAGAGGCAGCUCCACGUCUACCGCUUCCCAGCACCCAUCCUGGAGCUGAGCCCGGCGUCAGCUCCAGCGGGCAGCGAGGUGCUGGUGAGGUGCCACAUUAGUGCUGCCGAGCCCCCGGCACUGUGGCUGCAGCUCCGUGAUGCUGACAGUGGGGUCCUGGCUGAGGGGCCAUAUUCCCAGCUGGAGCUGCCACUGGUGGCCAGCCGUGAAGACAAUGGGCGGCGAUUCGGGUGCCGGGCCAGCCUGGACAUCAAUGACGCCACGGUGACAAAGGACGUGGACACCCAGCUCUCGGUGCUCUAUAUGCCCGAGCUGGCAGCGAGUGACUGUCCUGGGAACCGGACAUGGCUGCGGGGGACAUGGGAAGCUCUUUCCUGCCACGCCACUGGCAACCCUGUGCCCACUGUAGUGUGUGGCCGGGACGGCGUCACUGUCAGCACCAGGGUCCCAGAGCUGGUCACCCGCUCCCGAGCCGGCACUUACCUAUGCAAUGCCACCAACAGCUUGGGGACACAGAGCCAGCUCGUCACUGUCCGCGUGGAGUAUGAGCCCACGCUGACGGAGAGGGGCUGCCCCAUGCACCAGAUCUGGGUGGAGGGCGAGCGGCGGGAGCUGUCAUGUCGUGCCGAUGGGGACCCGCCACCCAGCAUCCACUGCGCCCGCGACGGUGGCACCAUGGGCAGGUCAGGAAUGCACCGGGUGGUUCACCGCGCCGAUGCCGGGCGCUACAUCUGCCGGGCCACCAACAAGCACGGCACCGCAGUGCGCAGCGUGGUGGUGACAGUGGAGUAUGAGCCAAGCAUGGCAGAGCUCGGAUGCCCAGCACAGAGGCUCUGGGUCGAGGGCACGCCAGCGGAGCUGGUCUGUGCAGCCACUGGCAACCCCCAGCCCCAUGUCGCCUGCACCAAGCUUGGGGACAGCCACCACCCCGUGGCAAUGAGCACCAAUGUCACCCGUGCCCACGCUGGCACCUACCAGUGCCAGGCCACCAACAGCCGCGGCUCAGCCCUGCGCAACAUCACCAUCACUGUCGAGUACAGCCCAGGCACUGUCACCCUGCGCGUCCUGCCCUCGGCCACCGUCUCCCGCGGCACCAGCUUCAGUGUGGAAUGUCGCGCCGAGGGGCUGCCCCCCCCCACCUAUGGCUGGGUGCUGCCCCCCGCUCCCAACCUCCGCUUCGGUGCCAGUAACCGCAGCGUCGCUGUCGCCGGGGCCGCCGCCGCUAACAGGGGGCUUUAUACCUGCACCGCAAGCAACCGGCACGGCUGGCAGGCCGGCAGCAUCCUGGUGCGGGUGGACGAGAGCCGGCUGGUUCUGGUGGCGUCGCUGGGCUCGGUGGGUGCCGUUACCGCGGUGGGUUUGGCGGCUGCCGGGGGUUAUUACCUCAAAUCAACGGCGUGCAAGAAGGGGGAAUACAACGUGCGGGACGCCGAGGGCUCGCUGGAAGCCGCCUGCCUGCACCGGCAGCACCGCGGCCAAGCUGAGGUAUACGGCAUCCAGCUCACACAGCCGUAACCGGGAACAUCCAUCCCCCCUAGCCUCAGCAUCCCC